AUGCUUCGAUUUCGAAAGCUGUGUUUUCUGGAGCCUGUGAAGUGUAUUGAAUUAUCUGAGAAAAAGACACAAAUCAAGUUAGAUGAUGAGAAGAAAUCAUUUGACAUCCCCAAAAUUGAGAAGAAGGAUAAGGGUUCACCAGAAGAGAAUAAGAGAAAAAGACGGCCUAAUAAGGAAUGGAGAUGCAUAGAUUCAUGUUGUUGGGCAAUUGGAUACAUUUGCACUAUUUGGUGGCUGCUCUUGUUUUUGUACAAUUGCUUGCCGGUAAAUUUGCCUGGACUUAAGGUGCCGGAACCCCCCGGUACGAGGCUCAAGCGCGAAGGAUUGACAGCUCUCCACCCGAUCGUGAUGGUGCCUGGCAUUGUCACCGGAGGACUUGAGCUUUGGGAGGGCAGACCGUGCUCCGAGGGCCUUUUUCGCAGGCGGCUUUGGGGAGGUAGCUUUACUGAAAUUUUCAGGAGGCCUAUGUGUUGGUUGGAACAUAUAUCUUUGGACAAUGAGACGGGCCUCGAUCCACCAGGCAUUCGGGUUCGUGCAGUUCCAGGGCUAGUUGCAGCUGACUAUUUUGCCCCCGGGUAUUUCGUUUGGGCGAUUCUUAUUGAAAAUUUAGCCCGCAUUGGCUACGAGGGCAAGAAUAUGUACAUGGCUGCAUAUGAUUGGAGGCUAUCCUUUCAAAAUACAGAGGUCCGGGACCAAAAUCUUAGCAGAUUAAAGAGCAAAAUCGAGCUUAUGUAUGUGACGAAUGGCAAUAAGAAAGUGGUGGUGGUGCCUCAUUCCAUGGGGGUUAUCUAUUUUCUCCAUUUCCUUAAAUGGGUCGAAGCACCUCCGCCUAUGGGAGGAGGUGGCGGCCCGGGUUGGUGUGCCAAGCACAUAAAAUCAAUCAUGAAUAUUGGUCCGGCAUUUCUUGGCGUUCCAAAAGCUGUCGGUAACAUAUUGUCUGCCGAGACCCAAGAUGUUGCUUUUAUCAGAGCUUUGGCUCCUGGUCUUCUCGAUUCCAAAAUUCUUGGCCUUCGAACUCUACAACAUGUCAUGAGCGUAUCUCGAACAUGGGAUUCCGUUAUUUCUUUGAUACCUAAAGGAGGAGAGACCAUAUGGGGCAACUUGGAAUGGUCACCUGAAGAACAUCAUGUAUGUGAUUCAGCAAAGAAAAAUUAUCAGCAAAAUUUUGACAUCAAUGGCAAUAGCAGUGACAGUGGGAGGCUUUUCCAAGUACAACAAAAGCCAACGAAAUACGGACGGAUUAUCUCAUUCGGGAAAAUAGUAUCAGAUUUGCCUUCUUCGCAACUCCAGACUCUUGAUUCCAAGAAACAGGAACUUAUGUGCAAUAAUAGCUCGUCAAAUUCCGAUUCAUCAUGUAGAGGCGUAUGGACAGAAUACGAUGAGAUGAGCCAAGAAAACAUCCAAAGACUCGCCAAAAAUAAAGCAUAUACCAUGAAAACAUUAUUAGAUCUUCUACGUGUCAUUGCUCCAAAGAUGAUGAAGAGGGCCGAAUCACACUUCUCACAUGGUAUAGCUGAGAACCUUGACAAUCCAAAGUAUAACCAUUACAAAUAUUGGUCGAAUCCACUUGAGACCAAGUUGCCAGAUGCUCCGGACAUGGAGAUUUACUGUUCAUAUGGAGUUGGCAUUCCCACUGAAAGAUCAUACGUCUAUAAACAAUCACCCUCCGGCAGGUGCAAUAGCAUCCCUUUCCAAAUUGAUAGCUCUGCAGACGGAAGUAACAAUGGCUGCUUAAAGGGCGGCACAUACUUUGUGGACGGUGAUGAGAGCGUCCCGGUCUUGAGCGCUGGUUUCAUGUGUGCCAAAGGGUGGAGAGGUAAAACGCUGUUUAAUCCUUCUGGAAUUUCAACAUACAUAAGAGAGUACAAGCACAAAGCACCAGCAAAUUUGCUCGAGGGGAGGGGUUCAGAGAGUGGUGCACAUGUUGAUAUAAUGGGGAAUGUUGCCUUGAUUGAGGACGUGCUGCGAGUAGCUGCCGGAGCCUCGGGUACAGAGUUGGGACGAGAUAGAAUAUAUUCGGAUAUCAUGAAAAUGUCCAAGAAAAUAAAUAUCCGACUGUGA